AUGAAUGCAGUGAUAGGACAAGAUCUGUUAAGAGAGAAGCCUUUCGAUUCAGGUUUUAAAAAAAGUGAUCUGUAUAUUUGGCAAUGGUUCCAGUUUAUUCAUCAAUCACAAGUGCUAUUAGCUGAACGAAAACAAAAACGGAAAGCUGAGACGCAUAAGACGGUACCAUGUCAAGCCUGGAAAGAUACUGGUCGUUGCAAUUAUGGGAAACGUUGCAAAUUCGCACAUGGUCCAGAGGAGUUGCGGCCUAUGCCAAAGACAGAAGUGAAAAUUUUCAGCAAUCCUCGUUAUCGUACUGCUUUCUGUAUUAAAUACACUACAUUUGGUUAUUGUCCUUACGGCGACCAAUGUCACUUUAUCCAUGAUCCUGUACGAAUAGAUUUAGAAAAAUGCCUGGAUCGACUAUCCCGAUCUUCUUUGUCUUCACCACAGCUUUCUUCAGGACAAACAGAUGAUUACUUGGAUAAUGCUUCUUUUUCUAGAAUCAAAUUAGAAACCACGCAUCUGGAAGAGAAGAGAAGAAGGAGCCAAUUGGAGCCGGUUUCGAAAUCACAGUAUUCAAAGACAGAAACAAAAUUAUACUGGGAAUCAAAAACCGUGUCCCAAAUAAAAUCGGCGUCAGAAAAUGCAAUUGAGACGACAGUACAGGAUCCAUUCCGGAGUAACAAAGUUCACGAUGAAGAAAUUGAGCUUAAGCCUUUGCAGUUCAAUGUAUUUGACGACUUCCUCUAUGUAAUUAAUCCUCAAAGUGUGCUUCCAAAGAAGCAGUAA